AUGGGCUAUCUCAAUGGUCCGCUAACAUCUCCAAGAGGAAGAUGGUUUACCUUGUUUUUCAAGAUAGUGAUUGUGUUGGAGAUGGUCAUGUUUGCUAGAGCAAACUCUGAUGCUGAUCCAAUGGGAGAACCUGCGGCGGGUUUACUUUGCAUAAGUGAUUGUGUUACAUGUCCAGUCAUAUGUUCACCACCUCCUCCACCACUCCUCGACUAUCCAUCACCACCAUCCCGCCACUCUCCAUCUCCUCAACAUUCCUACCACUCCCCACCACCGCAGCCGCCGCCACCUACAUCACCACCCCCAUCACCACCAUCUUAUCAUUCACCACCGCGGUCCCCACAAGCACCGUCAUGGUAUCCUAUAUGGGGCACUCCUCCACCCCCUGUUUAUCAUUUCAACACUCCUAACGGCCAAGCACCCCCUGCAAAGGGACUGUACCCCUAUCCUUACUACUACUACUAUUCCUCAAAGGCCUCUUCUUUUUCUCUCCAUGCUUCCCAUUUCUUUUUAUUGGGAGUCAUCCAUGUUGUCUACUUCCUGUUCUAG